UUUACUCAGGGAGACUGCACUAUUAAUAUGAACAGAUUUGAUGUGGAAACCCGGCACGUGUUCGUUGGUGAUCAUUCUGGACAAGUGACCAUACUCAAACUAGAGCAAGAGUCCUGCAGCCUUGUUACAACAUUUAAGGGACACACAGGUGGUGUCACUGCUCUGUGUUGGGACCCAAUACAGCGAGUUUUAUUCUCGGGCAGUUCUGAUCAUUCCAUUAUAAUGUGGGAUAUUGGAGGAAGAAAAGGAACAGCCAUCGAGCUGCAAGGACAUAACGAUAAAGUUCAGUCUCUCUCCUAUGCUCACCACACUCGGCAGCUCAUCUCCUGUGGUGCGGAUGGGGGAAUCGUUGUCUGGAACAUGGAUGUUGAGAGGCAGGAGACCCCUGAGUGGUUGGACAGUGACUCCUGUCAAAAAUGUGACCAGCCUUUCUUCUGGAACUUCAAGCAAAUGUGGGACAGUAAGAAAAUAGGCCUCAGGCAGCAUCACUGCCGGAAGUGUGGGAAAGCCGUGUGCGGCAAAUGCAGCUCCAAGCGCUCCUCUAUCCCGCUGAUGGGGUUCGAGUUUGAAGUGAGGGUCUGCGAUAGCUGUCACGAGUCCAUAACGGAUGAAGAGAGGGCGCCCACAGCUACUUUCCACGACAGUAAGCACAACAUCGUUCACGUACAUUUUGAUGCCACCAGGGGAUGGCUGUUGACCUCGGGAACAGACAAGGUUAUUAAGUUGUGGGAUAUGACACCAGUAGUGUCUUGAUGGUACAUCAGUGGAACUUGAAAGGUGGUAUUUACGGAAGAAACAGAUUUCCUAACCCUAAUCAUACUGCAGAAGAUAGAUAACGCUGGGCACAUAUGGCAGAUGAGAAAGGAACUAAUGCGUUUACAACAGUUUUACAUCCUCUGCUUGUUCAAGGCUGAACAUUUGCACGAAGACUCUUUCCACUUAUUCUCAAAAUAUACAAGAAGGUAUUUUUUUAACUAAUGGUUUGUACGAUCUGACUUCGGUUGUCUUGAGUUUGUUUGGAAAAUCCAUGUGCGGUGCAAUUUUUAGUUUUUAUAUUUCACUAUGUCAAGAUACUUGCUGCUUUGUACAGAGGGUUCUUGGGUUGUGUCUUACCAUGUGAGUUUUCGGUAUCAAAAUACUCUGUAAGGCAAUCGGCUCUCCCCACAGCGGGUACCUAUUGAUUUGGGAUGUUUCUGCUGACCAUGCUCUCUCCAGUGAAGGAACUCCAGGCACGGCGUUG